AUGGCCGCGCCAGUGUCGCUUGACCGGAUCCCUCCCACAACGACCGCCUACGUGAUCGCCACCGCCAUUGUCGCCGGCGUCACAGGGUACUUCAUCGGCCAAGGCGCCUCGCUCGGCCUGUUCAAAGAAAAGCAGGGCUGGCCGAAUGGCUACGACGUGAAGGUCCACAAGGACUCCUCCGACGAAGAAGGCAUUUCCGAGGAGGAAGAGGAGAGCGAUGAGAAGGACGAGGGCAAUGGCGAGGAACUGGCCAGCUUCAAGGACAACACCGAUGAGGUGAAGCUGGUGCUGGUCGUCCGGACGGACCUGGGCAUGACCAAGGGCAAAAUUGCCGCCCAGGCCUCCCAUGCAACCCUCGCCUGUUACAAAUACUACCACGCGCACUCGCCUGACUCCCCAAUCCUGCGCCGGUGGGAGCGCAAUGGCCAGGCAAAGAUCGCACUGCAGGUCAAGUCGGAGGAGGAUUUGCUCCUGCUGCAGGCUCAGGCUAUGAGCUUGGGGCUCUGUGCGCGCGUUAUUCAGGAUGCUGGUCGCACUCAGAUUGCCAGCGGUAGCCGGACGGUAUUGGGUGUCCUGGGCCCGAAGAGCGUCGUCGAUGGCGUGACGGGACAUCUGAAGCUUCUGUAA